AGUUUAUUCAAUAUAGGAGGCUCAUUUUCCAAUGCCAUGCGCGUUCCACCGUUUACACAAAUCAAUACUCUUUCAUUCUCUGCUGCACACUUUUUUAACUCAUUCAAAAUCUUCUACCCCAUUAUUUUUUUCUAAUGGAUUACACACGCACACACGGGAAUGGAAUUCCUGACCUCCAGUAAGGGGAUAUCAGAACUCAACCACCGCACAAACACCUUGUUAGCAGCUUCUAUCCCAUCUUGCAUGCAAAAUGCUAAAACUCAACUCACUAUUGUGUUCUUUCCUCAUCAUGGUCACCCUGUUUUACACCAUCAAAGUUGAUUCCAAGAAGUGCCAUGGUGAAUGCACUGCUUUAGCUUCAUACUACUUAUGGGGUGGAGCAAAUCUAACAUUAAUAACCGACGCAUUCAGCACAAAUUACAGUAACAUCAUGGGUUAUAAUCCGCAGAUAUUUAAUAUUGAUAACAUUUCCGGAGGCGAGAGAGUGAAUGUUCCAUUUCAAUGUGGGUGUUUAAGGGGUUCAGAUUCUGAGUUUCUUGGUCAUCGGUUCAGUUUUAAAAGUAAAACUGGGAAUUCUUAUAAGAUGAUUGCUGAUAUUGUGUAUUCCGGGCUUACUAGAGUGGAAUGGUUGGUUGAGUUCAAUGAUUUUAAUGCUAAUCAGCGGAUUGAAAAGAACCAAAGUUUAAAUGUUCCAGUGAUAUGCUCUUGCGGUCAUAAGAAGGUUUCCAAGGAUUAUGGGUUGUUUAUUACGUAUCCGUUGAGGCCUGGUGAGAAUUUGUCUUCGGUGGCUAAAGGGGUUGAACUUUCGGACAAGUUGUUGAUGGAUUACAAUCCUGGUGUGGAUUUUAGUAGCGGAAAAGGCUUGGUUUUUAUUCCUGGAAAAGGUAAUUUUUUGCCUAUCCGUUCCAGGUGCUACCGGGACUCUUGCACUGGCUGUAUCUAUAUAAUUUCUAGCUUUUUCUCGUCAACAGGUUCUGGAAUUGACUUGCAGAAAAACCUAGGCCCUCGUCCUUCCGAAGGUGGUGUUCCACCAAAGCUUAUGGGUAUCACCGUGGACAAAUCAUUGGAAUUCACAUAUAAUGAACUUGCUGAAGCCACUGGCAACUUCAGCCUGGCCAAUAAGAUUGGUCAAGGAGGUUUUGGUUCUGUUUAUUAUGCAGAGCUAAGAGGACAGAAGGUCGCAAUCAAGAAGAUGGAUAUGCAAGCUUCAAAAGUAUUUCUGGCUGAGCUGAAGGUUUUAACAAAUGUUUAUCACCUGAACUUGGUGCGUUUAAUUGGAUAUUCUGUUGAGAGAUCCUUGAUAAUAGUCUAUGAAUUCAUCGAAAAUGGCAGCUUAUGCCAGCAUCUGCGUGGUUUAUCAGGGCUGGAGCCAUUAUCAUGGUCUAGCAGGCUGCAAAUUGCACUCGAUGCAGCUAGAGGACUAGAAUAUAUCCAUGAGCACACAAAUCCCGCCUACAUUCAUCGUGACAUCAAGUCCCCCAACAUUUUGCUAGACAUAAAUUUACGUGCCAAGGUUGCUGAUUUUGGGUUGACAAAACUUGUAGAAGUUGGGACUGGUUCCUUGCUAACUCGACUUGUGGGUACUUUUGGGUACAUGUCUCCCGAAUAUACUAAUAGUGGAGUGAUCUCUACCAAGAUAGAUGUAUAUGCUUUUGGAGUUGUUCUUUAUGAACUAAUAUCCGCUAGAGGAGCCAUCAUCGAGUACAGUGAAAAUUCUAUCAGAACAGUGGGACUUGAUCAUGGGGAAGAUUCUAUGAGAGCAGUGGCACUUGUUGCUCUGUUUGAAGAGGUAAUGAAUCAGCCCAACCCCAGCACAGAUCUGCAGAAACUGAUUGAUCCGAGGCUUGGUGAGGACUACCCAAUCGACUCGGUUUGUAAGGUAGCUCAGCUUGCUAAAGCUUGUACACUGCCAAAUCAUGUACUGAGGCCAAGCAUGAGGUCAGUUGUGGUUGCCCUCAUGACACUUAUAUCAGGAACUAGGGAGUGGGAUUCCAGUUCAUCAGAGAAAAACCAAGAUCUUGUUAAUCUGAUCUCUUGAUAUGCUAUAAAUAUGAUUCAGUACUGCUAAUGACAUAGUUAAUGUAAUGUCCAAGUCCGAUAGGGUGAAGACUUUAGUUCAGUCUAUAAGUAUAAGUACUAGUACCAACAAUCUUUGGUCGGCUGCGGUGCGCUUCUUGGCCAAUAUAUUUUGACUUAUUUUCGGAUUCAAAAUUUGGGACAUCACAUAGUGUCAACUGAUUAGAUCCUAUAAUUCCAUUCCUUUCAUUUAGCAGGAACAACGU